UUGGUCAGUUUCGGUUUUCAGCAAUAUGGCAGCCGCUACGGUAGUGGAAGAUGAUUCAGUGCGUUAUUAUCUGUUUCCAAAGAUUUAUAACGGUACCGAUGACAAAACCUAUUUGGAAAAGAAAAAAUACGAGUACCUAGCGAAGCUGUUCCCUCUAACUUCUUCAUACAUAUGGCAGAAUGAGUGUUUCAACCUAGGCGUGGUUGAUGCGGUGAAGGACGAUGUACCCCCUCAUAUGGAAGGCAUUACCUACUAUGGUGAGAACAUCGAAGAUGAAUGGUUCAUUGUAUUCCUUCUGCUACAGUUGACGAAAGAAGACGAUGAUCUUAUUGUUCAGGUUCAAGAUUCAGAUGGUGACUUUCUGCUUAUUGAGGCUGCAGACCAAAUUCCCAAGUGGCUCAACCCAGACUCCAGUCAGAAUAGAGUGUUCCUCUACAGAGGUGUUGUGCAUAUAUUAUCUACUGACCAAAUUCCACAAGAACAGAUGCCAACUUUACUAGCAUCCCUUUCAACACUGAGGAAAGCGUCUCACAAUACGAGAGCCUCACCAGCAGUGCAGUGUGCAAUAUUUAGUCGGUUGGAAGGCUACCCAGAACGACACCAUGCACUGCAGCACAAUACUCAAUGUUUCUUGCCAGCCACAGCAGCUGCCAUCUUACAACAUGAUCCACAGCUGAUAGGACCUGCAGUCAACGCCUUUGUGUCCCGAGAUCCCUCUGAGGCAAAGGUCCUUCGUGCCAUGAGGUAUUUUCCACCAGAGACACGUGUCAUGUGCAACGUGUGCUUCACGCGCUGUCUCUAUGCUCAACUUCGACAGCAUCGCUACGUUCCUGAUCGCAGAACAGGGUGGAACCUUCCUCCAAAUAAUGCACCACAAUUUGUUUCCCAUGACUUAGGACUCAAACUGGCUUGUGGACUGGAGAUCUUGGCAGCUGCGAAGGAAGGCAGAAAUGGUGCUUCAAUCGACUACUGUAGGGAUGUGCGGUGGAAAUGCUUCUUAGAGAGUCUGACAUCAAAAGGAUAUUUCAAGGGUGAACUAGAAGGCUCAUUGCUUUACCAGAAGCUCCUGCAGGAUGCAAAAGAGUAUUUUGCACAGUCCCUGGAUGAUGUCAGUUGUACAAGGAUGCGAACUCAAGCCGGAGAUCGAGUUGUCCAUUUGCUGAACACAUUGGAUGUCAACCUGGAGAAGCUAAAGGAAAUGGAAAAAAACCUCAAGCCUUCUGAUGAUGAUGCAUGGAUGGACAUUACACCUGAUGAGCUGGAGGCGCUCUUGUCCAGGUACUCACUGCGGGGAGACCAGGCUGAUAAAGAAUCAAUCAGAAAUUCUAAGAAUACACAACUAGGAAGUGCCAUCACAAAAGGCUUAGAAUCUUUUGUGCACCACACCUCAGAUUACAGUGGGGCAGAAGUUCCAGGGACCAACAGCAAAAAAACAGUGGAAAAGGCAACAGUAACCCUCAAUGCUGAUGCUUUCUGUGAUGCAGUUAGUGCUAUUCUUGACUUUAAACUCCCACCCUCUGAUGAGGACUCAAGUUCUAUGAGCAGCUAUGGAGAUGAAGAUGACUACUUAGGCGGGGAACAAGAUUAUGAAAAUAAAGAUUGCACAGCUGAAGGUAGUGGAGGUGCAGAUAAAUUGGUGCCGAACAUGAUGACCUACAUGGACCUCAUGGAUCGUGAACUUGCUGCAACAGAUGUAGGUCUCAGCUUUGAGCGUCUACCAGCACCUUCUAGAAAUAGAGAGAAACAUCAAGCGGAAAAGGAGACCCGCAAGAUGGCUGCCCCUCGUGCAACAGCUGAUAGCGAUGACGACAGUGACCUUGAGGAUUAUCAGCCUGUUGACGUGGACCUCACUGCUCUCAAGAACAUUCUGCUGUCCUACAGCAGUCAAGAGGGACUACCCGGGCCUGCUGGAAAUGUGUUAUCGUCCAUGGGAAUUCAUCUGCCUCCAGAUUUGGAAUCAUAAGGGCCAACUGUUAAGAAAUACAUGUAACAGUGGCUUGCAUGACGUCCACUGGUAACAAAAGGAACACUCUCAGUAAUGAUGCCUCGGGUAUCUGUGGUCAAGUAUUCACGCUAGAAAGAGAUUGUUCGAAUGGCUAAGAACCAGCUCCAUUAAAGACGACUCACAGCUGAGCUGUAUUUCAUGUUUUAAUUAUUGAAUCAAUAAAAAGCAGAAGUGCCUAUGUCUGCAGGCAUCUCAAUA